GCGGCGGCCAGUGGCCUGAGUUCUCCGGUGGCCGGAAGGUCUGGGUGGCCGGGGCUGGCGCCGGAGGAUCGCGGGCUCUUGGGUCAUGUCCGCCCAGGGGGAUUGCGAGUUCCUGGUGCAGCGAGCCCGGGAGCUGGUGCCCCAGGACCUUUGGGCCGCCAAGGCGUGGUUGAUCACGGCCCGCAGCCUCUACCCGGCUGACUUCAACAUCCAGUAUGAGAUGUACACCAUCGAGCGCAACGCGGAGCGGACGGCCACGGCGGGGCGGCUGCUGUACGACAUGUUCGUGAACUUCCCAGACCAGCCAGUGGUGUGGAGAGAAAUCAGCAUUAUUACAUCAGCAUUAAGGAAUGAUUCCCAGGAUAAACAAACCCAGUUUUUAAGAAGUUUGUUUGAAACGCUUCCUGGUCGGGUCCAGUGUGAAAUGCUCCUGAAGGUCACAGAACAGUGCUUCAACACACUGGAAAGGUCAGAAAUGCUCCUCCUGCUCUUGAGGCGCUUCCCCGAAACAGUGGUGCAGCAUGGGGUUGGCCUUGGGGAGGCGCUGCUAGAAGCAGAAACUAUUGAAGAACAAGAGUCUCCUGUGAACUGUUUUAGGAAAUUGUUUGUUUGUGAUGUCCUUCCUCUAAUAAUUAACAACCAUGACGUCCGAUUGCCUGCCAAUUUACUAUAUAAGUACUUGAACAAAGCAGCCGAGUUUUAUAUCAGCUACGUCACCAGGUCCCCUCAGAUAGAGAGUCAGCUUCAAGGUGCCCAAGAUACAUCUGAUUUAAUGUCUCCUAGCAAACGGAGCUCUCAGAAAUACAUAAUAGAAGGCCUGACUGAAAAAUCAUCCCAGAUUGUGGACCCUUGGGAGAGGUUGUUCAAGAUUUUGAAUGUGGUUGGAGUGAGAUGUGAAUGGCAGAUGGAUAAAGGAAGACGAAGCUAUGGUGAUAUUUUGCACAGAAUGAAAGACCUCUGCAGAUACAUGAACAACUUUGACAGUGAGGCCCAUGCGAAAUACAAGAACCAGGUGGUUUAUUCCACCAUGCUGGUCUUCUUUAAGAAUGCUUUCCAGUACGUUAGCAGCAUUCAGCCAUCCCUCUUCCAAGGUCCUAAUGCCCCAAGCCAAGUUCCCCUGGUUCUUCUUGAAGAUGUAUCAAAUGUGUAUGGCGAUGUAGAAAUUGACCGUAAUAAACACAUACAUAAGAAGAGGAAACUAGCUGAGGGAAGAGAAAAAACCAUGCAGAGUUCAGAUGACGAAGAAUGUGCAGCCAAAGGAAAGAAUCGUCACAUUGUGGUCAAUAAAGCAGAACUCUCUAACUCCGUUGAAGUGUUAGAAAGCUUUAAGCUGGCCAGGGAGAGCUGGGAGUUGCUGUAUUCCCUAGAAUUUCUUGACAAAGAAUUCACAAGAAUUUGUUUGGCAUGGAAGACAGAUACAUGGCUGUGGUUAAGAAUCUUCCUUACCGAUAUGAUCAUCUACCAGGGUCAAUAUAAAAAGGCAAUAGCCAGCCUGCAUCACUUAGCCGCUCUGCAGGGAUCGCUUUCCCAGCCACAGAUCUCAGGACAGGGGACCCUGGAGCAUCAGCGGGCACUCAUCCAGCUGGCAACCUGUCACUUAGCCUUGGGAGAAUACAGAAUGACCUGUGAGAAAGUUCUGGAUCUGAUGUGCUACAUGACCCUCCCCAUCCAAGAUGGCGGCAAGUCACAGGAAGAACCAUCAAAAGCGAAGCCCAAGUUUAGAAAAGGUUCAGAUCUGAAGCUCCUACCCUGUACCAGUAAGGCCAUCAUGCCCUACUGCCUGCGUUUGAUGCUAGCCUGCUUCAAGCUCAGGGCAUUCACGGACAGCAGAGACGACAUGGCACUGGGACACGUCAUUGUGUUGCUCCAGCAGGAGUGGCCGCGGGGAGAGAAUCUCUUCCUGAAGGCUAUCAAUAAGAUUUGCCAGCAAGGAAAUUUCCAAUACGAGAACUUUUUCAAUUAUGUUACGAAUAUUGAUAUGCUGGAGGAAUUUGCCUACUUACGGACUCAGGAGGGAGGAAAGAUCCACCUGGAAUUACUCCCCAAUCAAGGAAUGCUGAUCAACCUUUGCAGACCUUAUGGGUGGUCCCGCCAGAUGAGUGGCAGAGAUGUUGUGAGCAGUGUACAGCUCCUCCCCUUGGGGCCUUCUAGCCCUCCCAUGGGGUUGCUGCAGCAGGAAUUCUUACCUGUGCUUCAGCCCAACAUACAGACUGCUGACAGGUACCAAGUGGACAAAACACCUGCUCAUAGUGUGCUGUGUGUCGACAUGUGUCCCCGCCCCAUGGUUUCAGCUUCCUUCCUCAGUGCUCUGUGCCAUGCUUUCUUUCUUUCUUUUUUUUUUUUUUUUACUUUAUUUCGCAUCCCCCCCUGGCAAACCAUCCGGUGUAAUAUCGUAACAUUUCUUCUUUUUUUUUCCCAUAAGUUGCCAAUGUGUUUGUGUUGAAUUUAAAAAUCAUUAUGGAUCUGGAAAAACAAAAUCGAAGAUUUUAUAAAAUUGCAUUAGAUUUAGUGCUCAACUCUGAGUCUCUUUUGAAAAGGAAAAAAAAAAAAAGAACAGGACUUUUGGUAGGAAAUAUUUAAGGAACUGAAGUUGACUUGAAGUAGCUUUUCCUUUGGGGGUUUUCAUCAUAGUAAAAACCAGGAUUGUCUCUUUUGGUCUCCAUAGUCAAUGACCUGCUUUGCUCCUGCCACUCAGGCUGGUUUUUCAGCCCUUGGCUUUCUGGGGUGCAUAGUUGAUAGCCCAACACAAUCCCAUAUUCAUUAGCUCGCCCAUCUUGUUCUUGAAGUGUCAGAGCUAACUGCCGUCAUGGUCACUUAAUAAUGGGAGCACUUUCUAAGAAAGGAAUCCUUCAUUAGUUAGCUUUGUCCCCAAUGCCAGCACCACAGGGGGCAUCCCAUCCUGGGUGGGAUGGUUCCCCCAUUCCUAGACUAUAUGGAGCCAAUGGGGUCCUUCAGUAGCUGAAAGAAACAUCAUAUGGGGAUGACUGUAAUUAGCACCUUUUGGCCUUAUGAGAAGAGGCGCUAAUGGAAAUACCGUUGAGUGGUGCUGUUCUUAUAGGCGGAAACAGGAACCGGACAGCAGGUGUGACACGUAAUUGUAUUCUUAGUAGCAUUCAGAGAAGAGGUUUCCCUUUACCUUGCUGCCUGCAGGGGACUCGGUCCACUAUAGAGACCUGGGACCCAGGUGAGCAGCCUCCCACCACAACAGCAAACGAUCUGCAUCUCCUCCCAGCAGGACUGAGAACCUUGACCUCACUGACACACUUAGCCCCAGCCAUAGUGUGUCCACAAAGAACUGCCCUUUCCCCAUGGCCCCUUAAACGGUCCUUUUAAAUCUCCAUGGCCCCUGUGGGGUGCUCUAGUAGCUCCACAAGCCUCUCACAGCCGCAGCCAUUGUCUUCUAUUACACUGUGAUCUUAGGAUUUCUGGUGAACUUGAUUUUGUGUGAUGAUGAUGUUCUAAAAACAAGACCCAUUUUGAGAAUGAUUGCAGCAGUUACACUUCGCCCAGUGUACAAUCGAACGCUCAGAUUUGUUCCUUUGUCUGAGAGAAGUUAGACAGUGGGUAUAUGGGGGAGAGGGCGGGGGAAGGACUUUUGUUUGUCUGAAUCUAUGACGUUCCCAAACUAGGAGCUCAAACUUCCCAUUGAGUUUUGAUGGGGGAUUUUUGUUGUUGUUAUUUUGUUUUUGUUUGUUUGGUUUGUUUUUUUUUUUUGUCCUCUGGUUUCUAGGGGUUUGUUUGUCAUUUCCUUCCCUGAUGCACAGCAGUAGGGGCCAAUUAGACAAGUCUUUAACUGCUUCUCCUGGUGACCCCUCCCAGACCAGUGGCCCUCCUCUGUGCCUCUGGACAAAUCUGGUCUUCCUAGGACUUUGCAGGCCCUCUCUCCCCAUCUGGGCUACCCUUUUUAUCUCACUGUCCCCAAGAUCCCCUGCUUUUUCUCUGACGAUGAUGGGAAUGUGGAGGGGAGGAGCCGCACAAAGAGGUGUGCUCACCCAGGAACCCAAAAGCUACACAGAAGCCCAGGCCUUUCCGAGCUGGGGGAGUGGGAACGCUAGCUGCGGGGAUCUCUUCUUGGUGAUGGAUUGCAUCCUGGAUCCCCUCCUUCCUGCUGCUACCCCUCCUGGCUCUGCUGGCCUCACUGGGCACCAGUGAGGACGGGACCCACUGGGCCCUCAGUCAUGGAGUGGUGUGUGCACACCAGCAGUAGGGAUGGACAACUGGAGCGCAACCACCUAAAGCAAGUCGUAGUUCCAGUAAGCAUGUGGCCAUUUAAAUCACCUCGUCUAGGCGGGUAAGCUAUCUCCCUAGUUAAAGACCGUCCGGGCAGAAUGGGCUGGAGUGGGUGUCUGCUUGCAGAUUUUCUUUUUCUUUUUACAUUUGGUUCGAGUCUCUUCCUAUGCUUAGAUGUGAGGCAGGCUUUCUUCCCACCUGGGUGACGCCAGUCCACGAUGCUGCUGCUAACCCAGCUCCCUCUGUUUUCCUGUUGCCGA